CACCACUCAUCAUUAAAAAUAGCGAAGAGGGUGUGAGAGAGUGCGGUAGCAACAUAGCCCUCAAUGGCAAUUUGGUCGCUGGAGAAGGCUGCAUGAGCCCCGGAAUAUGUAUUUCGCUCAUGUCCUCAUCCGGGACCGACUCAACUUUAGGAUACUUUGACAGCAUCGUGGCUCCUUCCAAGCGUGUUCACCAAGUUUUUAUUUUUUUUUAGAUUGUAUUUUUAUGUAAUCGUUUUUCUUACAUAGGCUAUACAAUCAUUUUGAUUCCAUAUCUGAAUAGAUGUAUUGCCAGUCAACGUAGCUUUAUGAAGCACUCAACUAUUUGGGAAUUGCUCUGGGAAGAACAGGUGUUAAAAAUCUGCGGAUUCAAUACAAACAUUUGUUACAAAGUUGCAAUUUAGCGUUUGGAUAGAAACAACACAGGAAGAGAUCUUGAAGACGGAUGUAACUCCAUGACCAAUGUCGCGCGCGGUAACGAAUUUAUGAUUUGACAAAUGUUGCUCCCAACACUGUGACAGUAGUAUUUUCCUCGACGUGCUUUGGAUUUGUCUUCUACGUUCAACGAAUUGGACCAGUAGCCUAAUUAUCGGGCAGAAACCAAGACAUGGGGACUCAGGGCACCGGACGAAAAAGAAAUCCCAAUAAGGACAGGUCGACGGCCGAGGAUGAUGCCCUUAAUCUCAUAUCAAGAGAGGCAGAGGCCAGGUUGGCAGCGAAGAGGGCGGCCAGGGCAGAGGCCCGGGAAAUACGUAUGAAGGAGCUGGAGAGACAACAGAAAGAGAUCUAUCAGGUUCAGAAGAAAUAUUACGGCUUGGACAACAAACCAGACAAAGUAGACAGCGAAUGGGGACACAUCGAGCAAUGGAUGGAGGACAGUGAGAGGUACUCACGCCCCACACAGAGACAUACUUCGAUCUCAGACGAUGAUGAGCGGAUGUCUGUGGGCAGCCGAGGCAGUGUGAGGGACUCCUCCUCCCUUUCACAGGAGAAGGACAAGAAAUCCAAGAAAAAGAAGAAACACAAACACAAAGAUCGUGACAGCAACGGCUAUGACAAUGAGUACAGUGCUAUAUCCAGCCGGAGCUCCAGACUUGGUGAUGAGAGCACUAGCAGGGUCUCUCGCUCGUCCAGACUAGAUCUGCAGCCGAGCUCCAGACUCAGUGAUGAGAGCAUUAGCAAGGUCUCUCGCUCCUCCAGACUGGACCUGCAGCCGGCAUCCUAUGCUUCCUCUGACCUUAACAGCAACAAUGGUCUGUCCUCUUCUAGGCAACGGCUUUCUUCCUACGAGGGCUCUUUAUAUGAGGACAGCCUGUACAGUGGGUCUCGACGGGUGACCGGCUCCAGCUCUCGUCAUUCAGAGUACAAUAGUUAUCGCGGCAGCGGUUCCAGGGCAUCCUCCAGGGCCAGCUCAGCUCGUGCCAGCCCAGUGGAUGAUGACUGCAACUCUGUGGCCAGCUUCCUGCGCAGCGCGGCCACCAACAGUGGCCUGCCCAGAGACCUGGAUCACAUGACCAUCCCCAAUUUAUCGGACCUGGAGGACAGAGAUUACCUGGAAAAGGGAUCUCGAGCCGCUUCCACCCUAUCGGCAGCCACCCUCGCCUCGCUGGGCGGGUCUUCCUCCCAGAGAGAAAGUGGUGAGACGUCCAUCACUGGCGACACAGAAACCUCCAUACGAGAGAUCAAGGAGAUUCAUGAGCUGAAGGAUCAGAUCCAAGAUGUGGAGUCAAAGUACAUGCAGAGUCUCAAAGAAGUCAAGGAUACCUUAGUGGAGGUGGAGGAGAAGUACCGCAAGGCCAUGGUGUCCAACGCCCAGCUGGACAACGAGAAGAACAACCUGAUGUACCAGGUGGACACGCUGAAGGACUCGCUCAUGGAGCUGGAGGAGCUGCUGUCCGAGUCACGCCGCGAGUACGAAGGGAAGAGCAAGGACUUUGAGCGUGAGAAACAUGCCCACGGCGUGCUGCAGUUCCAGUUCAACGAGAUGAAGGAAACGCUAAAACAGAGCGAGGAGUUACUAACAGAGAUCCGUCAGAUGCGUCUCAAGCAGGACUGCUUUGUUAGGGAAAUCUCUGACCUGCAGGAAACCGUGGAGUGGAAGGAUAAAAAGAUUGGGGCCUUAGAGCGGCAAAAGGAGUAUUCGGAUGCCAUCCGAAAUGAGCGGGAUGAGCUCAGGGAUGAGGUGGUCCAGCUGAAAGACAUUCUGAAGAAACAUGGAGUUGUCCUCAGACCUGACCUGACUGCCAAUGGGGAAACGCUGGAGUUGGGCACUGAAGGGUCAGCCAGUGGAGAGCCAGGUUCUCAAUUGGCUCUGGACUCCCAGACGUCGCCCAUGGAAGGGGGGAACAGCAUGCUUGGCAGAGCUCAGGAGACGGCGUUGGAAAGUAGAGGGGAUAAGGUGGUGGAUCCAGGAAGGUCCAGGCAGCAAGAGGAUACACACGAGGAGGAGGCUCGAGAGAACCAUCUGACCUCGCCCACCCCCUGUAGCCUUGUUGGUGUUUCUGAAACAGAAACGCCAAGGGAGGCUCAGCCGUUCUCGCCCACAUUGCGGGAAGAGGUUGAAAUUGAAGGCAGUGAUGUCAACAAAGACUCUGACAAUACACCAGUAGUAGAGGUCAAAAGUGGACCGGUCUGUGAUGCUGAGGUACUUGUGGUUGUAACGGGUCCUGAGGAAGAGGUUACAGUAGCGGGGGAGGGGUACGAAGCAGCAGGUGUAGAGGGGACAGGGCAAGGCAGAGUAGAGGUUGCAAGCGAAGGGGAACUAGGAAUAGAAAAUGACGAGGCAGAUGAGGCAGAGACCAAAGUUGUCAAGAGCAGUGACAACACCAAAGAGACGUCCUCAAAAGAGCCUACCUCAGAAUAUGGUGCAGCAGCUGAACAAGAGAAAAACGAAUCGAGUAAAGAGGACGUGAAUUGUUUAGACUCAUAUCCUCUGCCUAGGGGAACCAUUGAGGACACCAUGAAAAAUGGCACACAGAUUAGCCAAGGGACAGACCUUGAUACUAGUAAGAGCCCAAUCAAAUCAAACCUUGAGCCUCAGAAAACAAAAAAGUCUGAAGUGUUACCAGAGAUAACUGACCUGCAGCCACAGGCCCAAGCAGGCAACAAGAAGAAGAAAGGCAAGAAGAAGAAGGGAGAGACACAAAGCGAUGUAAAGCAGGAAGACCAUAAGAAGAGCACAACAGAAACGUGUGUAGUCUCCAUGACAAAUGGCACACAGAUUAGCCUAGGGACAGACCUUGAUACUCCUAAGAGCCCAGUCGAAUCAAACCCUGAGCCUCAACAACCUGAGCCUCGGAAAACAAAAAAGGCAUGUGUGUUACCAGAGACCACUGACAUGCAGCCACAGUCCCAAGGAGGCAAGAAGAAAAAGAAAGGCAAGAAGAAGGGAGAGAAACAAGGUGAUGAAACGCAGGGAGAUGAGAUGAGCAAAACAGAAAAGGAUAUGGUCUCCACCCCAACCGAUAAGGAGCCAGUAGAGGCGGUAGGAGAGGGGGUUAUCACAAUAGAGACACAGCAGCAUCUAGAGGAGGGGACCAGUAGUUCACCAGAUCGAGAGCUCCAAACCAUAGCUGAGGAGGGACUGAACCUGAAGGAAGAACAACUAGAAGAAGACCGAGUAGAGGUUAAAAGCGAGGGGCCUACCAUUGAAGUAUCUCUGACUGACCAAGCUAAGAGUGAGGAGGUUGUCUCAAAGAAGAAAAAGAAGAAAAUGAAAAAGGACAAACACAAACCUACAAUGGAAUCGGCGAAAUCAGAAGGCGAGAUAUCAGUAUUAUCCCUUGAGUCCAACAUUGGUAUUGCUGAUCCUGUUGCUCACUCCAAGUGUAUAACCAGCGCUCAUAACCCUAUGGAGGAAUUAGAAUCGACAGCAAAUACUGGUACCCAAAAGGACGAGUCAGGGUACACAACCAACCCUGAUAACGUUGGAGACUGUUUGAACUCUUCAGCUGACCCAAAAUGUCCAUUGGACUCGAAACAGUCCACAGCUGGGAAUUCAAACAAUGUCAAAGAGGAAGGUGCAAUCACGGUCUCAGUUGAAGAGGCUCAAACAAUCCAAGACACAAAGGAACAGGGGAAUAACUUUCACAGUCCCAUCGUUCUAAGACCAGAGCUCAAGAAGAGCGUGGAACCUGAAGACCUUUUCUCCCAUGAUGGUGUCACUACUCACCCAGACCAGGCUAAUGAAAAUGCGACACAAGACCUAAAAGAGGCAGGUCAGGAUAAACAAAAUGGGAGCCCAGAAGAGCGUACAAAUGCACUUGAACAUGAAGACACUUCAAUGGCACUGCCAGCAAAUGUAGAGAAAUGCAACAAUUCAGCAGAUGAGAAAUGUUGUAGCAUAUCGCUUGACCGCAACUGCCCUGCUGCUGAGACCAUAAGACUGCCUGAACAACUGGUGGAUAUACUUGAUUGUCCAGUCACUGACAGGCACUUGUAUGACAACAACAAGCCAGAAACAGCAUCAAAUGGAGGGAUCUCUACAGAGACCGAGCUGAACGCUACAGAAACACGACUACAGGACCCAUUAAAAGAAACUCCGGUGACAAUUGACUCUUUUAGGGAACAGAGCCACAAUGAAAGUGGACCAUGCACUAUGGUGGCGAAAGCAGAAGAGCAAGAUGAUCCCAUUGAGGCCAAGCUGGAGGGUAACGAGGUACCUGGACCCAGUGAGCAGUGGAAUGACGAGGAGAAUGAAAAUGAGGGUCAAUCGUUUGACUUUUCUGACCUCGUUUCAGUGAUUCCUGCAAAUGUAUUCCCAAUAACAUCCCAAGAGGAGGUCAGCCAGGAAAUGAGAACGAUGUCGGUAGGAUACAAAAUGGAGGUAGAGCCUGGUAAAGAGGAGGCUAACGAGGAAGAGGAGGAUGACAAACCGCAGGACACAGAGGGAGUUAGCGCGAUAGUGGCACAGCAAUCAAUUGAAGGGGGGUCAGAUAAUGCACCAGAGGAGCUCCGAAGGCCUGAAGAAAAAGCACAAACCAUAGUCGAGAGCCAGAACGUGAAUGAAGAACAACAACUAAUCACAUUAGAGGAAGGGGUUAGUGUAACAUACAAUCAGAAAGACAUUGCAGAGGAGGGAGUGAGUGUGACUGUUGAACAUCAAGGUGUAGAAGAGAGCGAGAGGCAGCAGAAUGUACCUGCGGUAGAGGCUUUGCCAGUAGAAGAGGGCGAAGAGGCAAUCCAGUAUGGGUCACAGCAGGGUAGAAGAGAAAGUAGUCGAAGUACAGAGGAUUCAGCAGAGGGCGACAAUGAGCAAUCUAGGACAGGCUUGAAAAAAGGCAGUAAGAAAGUAAAAGGCAAGGGAAAAGAGGACUGCCGAAUGUCCUAGUUUUUAGGUCUGCACUCAAUAUAAACAACAGCAAAUAUUUAUAAAAGUGCAAAGUCUCAACUACUACAGCCAAAGCAAGUACCAUUCAAAUUCCUUCCAAAGUUAUAAUUCGAUGUACUGUAUUUUGAGGUCCAAAAGUAUUUGUGACACUUUUUUUGUUUUGGCUUUGUAUUCCAGCACUUUGGAUUUUGAAAUGUAUACAAUGACUAUGAGGUAAAGUGAAGACUGUCAGCUUUAAUUUGAGCGUACUUUUUGUUCAGCACUUUUUGUACAUGCUCUAUUUUAGGGAACCAAAAGUAUUUGGACAAAUUCUUUUGUGUGUUAAAGUAAUCAAAAGUGUAGUAUUUGUACCUAUAUUUCUAGUACUCAAUGACUACACGCAGCUUGUUGGAUGCAUUUGCAGUUUGUUUUGGUUGUUUCAGAUUAUGUUGUGCCCAAUACAUUAUUUACCAUUACAUUUCUAUUGUCACUUUUAUUGUAUAUACGAAUAGGAUGUUUCUAAACACUUCUACAUUAAUGUGGAUGCUACUAUGAUUACGAAUAAUGAUGAGUGAGAAAGUUAGAGGCACAUAGACCAUAACCCCAAGACAUGCUAAACAGGAGAGGUUGAGGGGGAUUAUGUGUAGGGCUCUGUAAUUUUCUCACUCAUCAGUAUUCAUGAUUUCAUUCAUGAUUAUCCAAAAUCAUUGUAGCAUCCACAUUAAUGUAGAAGUGUUUAGAAAUAUUCUAUUCUUAUUUACAACAAAAGUGACUCCAAAAUGACACAAUACAUAAUUUACCAUACAUUUCUAUUGGACAUAAGCUUGAUGUAGUCAUUGCUUGGAAUAUGGGACCAAAUACUAAACAUUUGACUACUUUAAUGCACAUAAGUGAAUUUGUCCAAAUACUUUUGGGCCCCUAAAAUGGGGGGACAUUGUACAAAACGUGCAGUCAUUUCUAAACGGGUACCCCAAUUUGGAUGAAAAUACCCUCAAAUUAAAGCUGACUAUGAUAUACAUUAGACAUAUAAUGGCCAUGUAACAACAAAUAUGCCACUGUCCAAACACUUUGACUUCACAGCAUGUGGGUAUUUUAGCUAAUUUUUAGGGAAGUUUGCCAUAAGGGGUGGGUAAUCUUACCACGCAGGCUGUUUUUCCCCAAACAAGCAGUAACACACCUGAUUCAACUAAGAAAACCAUUCAUUUAAGACUAGUAGUAGUUGAUAAGUAGAAUCAAUCAAAUGUGUUACUACUUACCUGGCCCUGGUAGGGUACAUUGCCCAUACUCUCGUAUAAAUCUGCAGCACCUAUAUACCUAUACUGUAAUAAUGUAAUAUUGAUUGAAUGACAGUAUGUUUUUCUUCAUCUAUUCAAGGUACAAUGUUUAUAUUGCAAUGCAUGAUAUUCGUAUCGUCAUACCGUCCUUCUCUCAUCCUGUGAUUUAUGGAAUUACCGGCCUAGUACACAAGGGGGCGCCCCCCAAAAACAUUGGCCGUCUUACCAGAAUGCUAACAAAAUUGGCACAAGUAAUAGGGAAUUUCCAUGGAGGCUGCUAGCUAAAUAUGUUAACGAGCCCAAACGAAAAUAAACAAAUUGCAAAGACAGGCAAUCCAGCUCAUAAAGGUAUACAUAUAUAGGUAGGAGCUACCAAAUGUCAUGUUUGGACAUUUACAAGCGAAAUGUGAAUGACGGACAUUGUGCAAAUUAAGUUUUGACGCAUGCUUGUCUGAAGUAAAAACAGUACUGGCACUGGAGCAGCAUGUGUACACACUUUGUCUGUGUGGAGUCGCUAGGGAAGGGGCCUGCCUGCUCAGACAGAACGUGAACGAAGAGGAGAAAAAAACGCAAGGAAAUCAAGCAGUGGCAGCCUUACAGAUAAUUCAUCCAACGGGCUUUGAGCUCUCAAACACAGCAGAAAGCUAACACCAAACGAUGCCCCGUCACCUUAUCAAUUCAGCCACUUUAAUUUACGUUAAUGCAGAAUUCUGUGUUUUUAACGCAGGAGAAAAAAUAUAAAACAUAUAUCUUGCUGAAUUUUGUAAACGCAGAUCUAAAAUGCUUCUAAAAAUUUCUGCUCGGCAUCAGACUACUUUUGUGCUUCAGUUUCACUUCUCCACUCAAACGAGCAUUCUAUCAGCAGACAGUUCUCUGAAUGAUGUGUAGCUACUUUUCUGAUACUUUUCUCAGUGUAGCCAGACUACUUUUCUCUUGUAAAAUGCAAGAUGAACUUUAACCAAAACAUUAGAAAGAAUGUAGCCAGCUACUUUUCCUAUGAUAAACAUUCGAAAUACAGUAUGAUGGCCAUGCAUCGUUUUUGCAAGAAAGACCUUGCUUUUUCAUUGUAAGCUCAUUUACCUGUGUGGCUGCCAGCCAAAUAGCGUUGCACUUCUGUUGAUAAAAAGGAAGCUAUUUUCUGUCGAAUGUGCUGCACUAAUGUAUUUUCUGUGAAGGAAAACUAUAGUUGCACUUCCCUGAUCACUCUUGAAGCAAAAAAACACUUGACUUUAAAUAUAAAAUGCGACCCUUGUCAAUACACAGCUGGACUGCUCCCGCUUUCUCCCAUUGUGCUAUUUACAAACAAACAUGUUAAGAGUAGGAGUGUUAACCCCGGUGUUCUGGCUAAAUUCCCAAUCUGGCCCUUAUACCAUCAUCGCCACCUAAUCAUCCCCGGCUUCCAAUUGGCUCAAUCAUCCCCAGGACAUUGCUGUAAAUGAGAAUGUGUUCUCAGUCAACUUACCUGGUACAAUAAGGGUUAAAUAAAGAAAUAAAAAUAAACUAUCAACUGUUCUGGGGGAAAUACGGUAAGCUUCAUAAUGUGUAAAGAAGAACGCGAUCUGCUGCAUCUGCUAACGUAUUGCACAAGUUGACUGCAGGUGCUUUCCUUAAAAAGUAGCUACAAAUAUAACUCUUUUUUUGUAAACUUAAAAGACCCAGUUUUCCCUGGCUAUUUCUAAAAACGGUAUACCGCCCAAGCCUCGUCCAAAGUUUGCCCGGAACAACAAAAAUAUUUUCUUGCUUGGUGUAUUUUGACGAAGAGAGAAACUAACCGAUUGAGAUUUGUCUCAUGCCAUUGAAAUAAAAAUCCUCCAUGUUACAAGUCCAUUCCAUGUAGGCAAUGAUAUCAGGUUAAAUCCAAGCCCUAGGAUAUCAUGUGCAUACUAUAAAAUUGCUUUGUGUUCAGUAUAUGCCAUGUUUCCUGAAUUCAUAUGAUGAUAUGACUGCUAGACAAAUUGUAUACCGUGUAAGAAUAUGUCUCCCUUGUUAAUCACUGGUCUAAAUGUUUCUUCGUGUGCACUUUUUGUAAGGAAAUACCUUCUGACCCUUUCCAUGAUUUGAAUAAAAUAAGUGAUUACAAACUUUGAGAAAUACA